UUGGAGGGGAGUUGCACAUCAUCCCAAUUUGCGGAGGGUGUGAUGUGAGCGAGCGCACACAUCCAUUGGCUCAGAGAGCGACCAAUCAGUGUCAGCGGAGGAACUUCAGAGUUGGAACAGCAGGGUCAGGAUUGCAGAGUUGGGAGAGCGUUUUUGGCACUCGCACAAAGAGGACGACCAUCCACCCUGCUAGAACGCAACCCUUGCCUUUUAUUUUGUUUUUUCUGAUUUUACAUGCCUGCGCUUCCCUUUGACACUCUCCCCUUUCUCUCUGACAGACAGUGAGCCGCGCUAGAGACUGCGGGGAUGUACACGGCCGGGCUCAACCCGUUUUACGCGUCAAACUUCAGCCUCUGGUCCGCGUACUGCGCGGGGGGCUUCGCUGUGGAUACGAUAAAGAAGCCCUCGUUUUGCAUCGCAGACAUUCUGCAGGCCGGUGAUGCGGAGAACCUGCCGGGAUCGUCCGCACUCGUGGUGCACAUGGGGCAGCAGCAGCAGCAGCAGCAGCAGCAGCACCACCACCACCACCACCGCGCGCAGCAGGGCCACGCCGGCGGCUCGCCGCUGCGUCCCUCCCCGGUCGCCCCGGAGCCGUCCGUGUACGGCGCGCGGAUGAGCGCGGCGUCUCCGUACCACCGACACGGACUACACUUGACCUCCGUGUCCAGAACUGCCUUUAACUCCCAGCAGGCUCCGCCGCCGUCGAGCAAAGACCUCAAAUUCGGAAUUGAUCGGAUAUUGUCGACAGACUUUGACCCAAAAGGAAACGAAAAGUCGUCGCUAAGAGAUCUCACGUCCAUCGUUAGCUCGCACCGUCAGUCAGGAAUCCACAUCCCCGUUCAGCCACCGGCCGGCCAGUACUUCUCCGCCAUAGACCCCGGGAUGAGCGACGCGUCCUCCCUGAUGAGUUCGCUAGGCAGCAGCAGCAGCAGACACUCAGGCCAGCAUCAGUUUCAGGACACCUUCCCAGGUCCGUACGCCGUCCUCACAAAAGACACGAUGCCACAGACGUACAAGAGGAAGAGGUCCUGGUCGAGGGCAGUGUUCUCGAACCUGCAGAGAAAGGGACUGGAGAAGAGAUUUGAAAUACAGAAGUACGUCACCAAGCCCGACAGAAAGCAGCUGGCCGCGAUGCUCGGCCUGACAGACGCUCAGGUGAAGGUGUGGUUCCAGAACAGGCGGAUGAAGUGGAGACACUCCAAAGAGGCGCAGGCUCAGAAGGACAAGGAGAAGGACGAGAAGCCGGACAAGGGCGCGUCGGAGGCCGGCGGCAGGGAGCCCAAAGAGCCCACGGAGUCCGAGUGCGAGAGCGAGGGCAGGAGCGAGUGUGACUCCGACGAGGCCCCGGAGGAGGAGACCUCCGACGGACACUUGGACAUUUCUGAGCACAAUAAAACCAGCGUGAUCAUGAGCGGGGGCGCGCCGGCGAGCAGCGCGCCACCGGCGGCGGCACCGGCGGCGGCCACGGGCGCGGACACAGCAGCGGCCCCACAGAAGAACGCAUCUGGAACGGCAGAGUGACGCAUUGACAAGUCCCAUGUUGGUGCAAGCGCAACCGGGCCUGUUGGGUUGAACUAGAGGAGCGGCCAGGCAGUAUUAUCAGUUCAUGUGUGACACAGUAUUUUAUUCCACACACGAGGAAUAUUGUCCAAAUUAAUUUGUGAAUUUUAUUAGAAACUUGUCUCCCUCUCCCCCUACAUAUUCUCUGUAAGGUUGAAACCACAGGCUACUUUAGUUGAACAGUCGGACUUGCGGACACUCCGGUGUCUCUGUCGUUUUCCUCUCAGGAGCUUCUGUGUGUGUGUGUGUGUGUGUGUGUGUGUGUGUGUGUGUGUGGCACGUUUUCCUCAUCUGAAGGAAAUGUGACGUUUGUGAAUUUUUUUUUUUUCUUUAGGUUAUGAACCACUCGUUUCACGUAAUGAUGAAUGAAAUCUCAGAACAUCACGCAGUGUUCAUGUACCCUAUAUAUAUAUUUUUUCUCCUGGUCUAAAUAUACAGUUUAUUGUGUUAUUUUGUUAAUAAUAAUUUGCACUGAGAAUAUUGUAAAUAAAAAUGUUUCUUACUUUGAAAA